CGGAUCCGUCGCAGAUAUUUACUCAAAAUCGAGAUAGGUUUUUUCUCAGCCAUUCGUCCGUCAUUCUACCCUAAUCCCAAUUCUCUCUCCCGCCCAGCCUCCCAGCCCUCCGCCACCCGUCGAUGCUCGUCCUCGCCGCCGACGCACGUCCUCGCCAGCCCCGCCGCCGUCGCCACCCACGCCGGAACCUUCAGCCACGUCGUUCACCCAGCCUCCCAGCCCUCCGCCACCCGUCGACGCCCGUCCUCGCCGCCGACGCACGUCCUCGCCAGCCACGCCAGAACCUUCAGCCACGUCGUUCGCCCAGCCACGCCGUCCUCCCAGCCGCGUCGUCCACAAGCCGUCGCCACCCCUCGUCGCUGCCGCGAGUUCUCCACUACCAGCCGUCUCUUCCCUCGCUGGACCUCCUCUUCCUCUUUGCAGUUGCAGUGAACUUGGAGGUAUCCCCCUCCACCCCACAAACUACGCCAUCUGGCCCUUGUACGUCAGCAUCUAGGGUCGGGGAGAGUACUGAGGAUCAAGAGGACGGAGGUGGCGAUGACCACAACUCCAAGGACCGCGUUGGCGAUGGACACAGUGGUGGGGUUCGAGAUGGCGAGGACCGCAAUCACGAGGACAAGGAGGGUAGAUAUCACGAGGGUCCCGGUCAUCGGGGUCAAUUCGUGUAUGUCAAUUCGGAUGACGAGUAAGUACGGUGUACAUUUGAAGAUUAUGUGAGUGUUUUCUUUCAAUCCUUCGCUCAAAGUCUCAAACACUCCAAGAGGCGACGCCCUUCAUGUUUGCUGGCUUCACUCCUUCAGCCGUGCGACCGGCUUCCGCCGCACCAAUUGUCUGCAACGCCGCUGUCGGCUGGGAAGACGACAAGUCCUAGAGAUUAAUUUUGGAUUGUAGAAGCUUGAAGAUAGAAGCAAUUGCGGUGGAAAUUAGGUUGUAUUGUUCUACACUUCUAGUUUCGAAUAUUUGGUUUUAUUGAUUGUUUUUUUGUUUUCGAUAAUUAACUAAUCAUGUUUAAAAAACAUGACUCUAGAUAUGAAAAAAAGGUUGAUAAAUUAACUCAAUCUCAAAGAGGAGCAUUUGAUAAAUUUGUUAUGAAACAACCACAUGUUUUUUUAUUAAAAUGAAAAUAUUGAGAACACAAUAAUGAUUGUGGAGACCGUUUGAACGAUAUGAAAAUAUUUUUGGUUUCUUUGCACAUUUGAAAAAUUUAGAGCAGUUUAUAAUUUACUUCUAUAAGUUCAUAGUUUAUGCCUUUAGUACUUUUGAAAAAAAAGUCCGCUCCCGUUCAUGUGACAUUCGCUUUGAAUGUCAUAGCAUGACCGGAGCAUCCUCAGGAUUUCAUCGAUAAAAUUGAUGGUUCUUACCUCAGCGUCUCCUUGCACCCCUUCCCCAUCGCCGCCGAUUGGCUACAGUGGUCGCUGUAGCUAAUCUUGGCGAAGAGAAGGGUCAGCGAAUGAGAGGAAGGGCCAGGGGUGCUGGGAGAGGUAGGGGUUAGAAACCAUCAAUUUUACUAAGGGUCAUGCUAUGACAUUGAUCUCAAUGUCAAAUGAAUCAGCUCGAAAAACAAUACCUUGUCAUUUUGUUCGUUACUGUAGUGAAAUUUAUUUUCAAGGGCCCUUAUAUUUAUUUUAGCUUCAUGUAUAUUUGAAAUAUUCAAAUUUGAAUCUCUAUAUUCAAAUAUGAAUCACGAAUUGAACAAAAUUACUAAUUAAUUUUACCGCCUUAGGUUGCGUUGAUCCGUU